AUGAUACCCACCAAUUCCUCGGGCGGGGCAUCCAACGCCAACUGGUCAUUCGGGUGCAUAUCCAGAAUCCACCAGAAUCCUGCGUGUUCUCGGCAGGCUUUUUCCUCCUGCACAGGCGGCUCCCCCGGCGCGUCCUGGGCAGGGGGCUCCUCCGACGCGUCCUGGGCAGGCGACUCAUCCGGCGCGUCCUGGGCGGGCGGUUCCUCCGGUGCGACUUCGGCAUGUAGCUCUUUCGAGGGCCCCGAUGCUCACCAUAUCCUUGGGCGGGCAUCCCACGCCACGGGGUCGUUCGGGGUGCACAUCCCGCACCCACCAGUUUGA